GGAACCUGUUCCAGGUCACACAGGAAUUGGGUCUUGAGCCUCCUCGGCCAUGACCUUGCCCCUCUCCAUCCAGGACCCUGGUCCUUGUAGGGCUGUGGCCCACCCCUCCUUCUUAUAGCCAGGAAUAGGGACCUUUCUCUUAUAGCCAGGAAGGGUGACCCCCGACUCCCCACCUGGGUCUGGCUUUAUCCCAGACCUGGGCACUGCAAGGCUGGGAGUGAGCAGAACAGAGGCUGGGCAGUGGUGCCCGCGAGAGCACUGCCCUGUCUCUCUUGGCCCGGCCACUCCGCUCCACAGGGUGUGCCUAGGGCUACGAGGCACCGGCACAGUGAGAGUUACAGCCGGGGCCCCUCCCAGUCUCCUGAGCCACCAUCCCUUAGCAACAGUCCUGCUGGGCAGGACGCGUUGCCAGCGCUGGGCAUAGUGGGCAGGAGCCAGAGGAGUGGCUGUCUGGCUUCCAGAACAGACGCAGGGCAGGUGAGCAGGUAGUGGGCCAGGGCAGGCUUGCGGCACCUGACCACAGCCUGGCCGGCAGAGUGGGAGCCCUUCCUCCAGCUCUCUCCAAUCCAGCUACCCAGACAGCCCUGACCCAGCAUGGAUGCUGUGGACGCCACUGUGGAGAAGCUCCGGGCACAGUGUCUGUCCCGAGGGGCCUUGGGCAUCCAGGGCCUGGCUAGGUUUUUCCGCCGCCUGGAUCGGGACAAGAGCCGAUCCCUGGACUCGGGGGAACUCCAGCGGGGCCUGGCUGAGCUGGGGCUGGUGCUGGACGCAGCUGAGGCGGAGGGUGUGUGCAGGCGCUGGGACCGUGACGGCAGUGGGACGCUGGACCUGGAGGAGUUCCUGAGGGCACUGCGGCCCCCCAUGUCCCAGGCCCGGGAGGCGGUCAUCGCAGCUGCGUUUGCCAAGCUGGACCGCAGUGGGGACGGCGUGGUGACCGUGGACGACCUCCGGGGGGUCUACAGUGGCCGCACCCACCCCAAGGUGCGAAAUGGGGAGUGGACCGAGGAGGAGGUCCUCCGCCGCUUCCUGGACAACUUCGACUCCUCUGAGAAGGAUGGGCAGGUCACUCUGGCUGAAUUCCAGGACUACUACAGCGGCGUGAGCGCCUCUGUGGACACAGAUGAGGAGUUUGUGGCCAUGAUGACCAGCGCCUGGCAGCUGUGAGCAGUACACGCUUACCCAGCCAGCACCAUUGUAGUGUAGGACCCCCACCCUGGCCCCUCUCACCUGGGCUUCUAGCUGCACAGCGCCCAGGGUGGGGGGGCUACAGAGGAAUGUGGAAGAUUGAGGCUGUGGGACCGGCUGGACCGGGUCUCAGAGGACCCAGCUUGGCCAUCAGGUGGAAGGAGGACAAAGGUUCCAAGGUUGGGUCACUGGCUCAGAAUCCCUGUCCCUGCUGUGCUGACCUCAGGCCUCACAAAGCCACUGCAGAUACCCCCCACCCUGCUUCCUCCCGUCUCUGCUCGGUGAAUCCUCGGCCCUGCCAGCAACGCCCUGCCCCUACGCGUGCCCCCCCCACCCCGCCCCCACCCAGGGAAGCCAGACGGCCGGGGACAAAGCAAAGCUCAGCACGGAGGCGGCCAGUCUUGGAAGGCAGCCAAGUGUGGUGACCUGCCCGGACGUGCAGUGGGGCGCAGGGGCCAGGCUGGCCCGGGAGCCGGAGGCUGUUCUUGGCCAGGCUGUCUGGCUUCCUGAGGCCCCUGGGGCAUGCAGGAGGCCAGGGUUUUAGUUAAAAGUUUUAAUGUAGUUCCCAAAUACAUUUCAUAUGACAAUCUUACAUAAAUGUUCCAAAACACA